AUGAAUUCAAUUGCAGUUGCAUGGAAAAACCAGUAUCCAGAUGAUUUACAGUUUCUUCCUAGCAGACAAAUCCUUCAGUCGAAUUUAAAUAAGAAGACAAUCAAAAAGGUUCAAUUCAAUUGUCCGCCCUCAACUGGUACUCCACAAGCAUUCGAAAGUUCUAAAUCAAUGCAUGGAUCAUCGAAAGAGUCCAACGAAUUUAGUUUUAAUCACGACAAUGAGUAUAUGUCCUCCGCCGACAAUUUCUAUGAUAAAUGGGCAGAUGAUUAUGCGGAACCAUUGUGCACUUUGAGAGCAUUGAUCAUAACAUUUAUCAUUGCCAUUUUGAUUAUCAUAGCUGUUGCGAUUAUUCUAGGUGUUAUACUUGGUACAAUCAAACAUUCACCGAGAGUAACAACACUGGGACUUUUGAAUGUGAAUACUACAUCGACAACAUUCGCGUCACUGGUAACAAGUAAUGUACUGAUAGGGAGUCAAAGUGGACCACCUUGUACGUCAUAUACAUCGAUUGAUGACCCAACACGUAAUGUCGCUUAUACAGGACAAUCAUAUGGAUGUGAUAAUGGACCUAUAUUCAACGCAAGUAAUCAUGGUGCUUGGAUAAGAUUCGUAGGUAGUAGUGGUGAUAUCGUAGUACAGACACCAGUUCAACAAUAUAAGUGUAGUGCGUUUUUACAAAUUUGGUUCAAUGGCACGUUACCAACGACUUUAGGUACCAGUAGCAACGGAACAAUGUGUUUUAGUAGUGGAAUAUUCACCUGUUUUUCGAACUAUACAGCAGAAGUCAACUAUUGUAUUGGUGGUUUUUAUAUCUAUCUCCUAAAGCCUAGUGUGUUUUGUAGCGCACGGUAUUGCACCACAUCAUCAGUUCCUACUGGCUAG